GCCAUGGGUCCUGCACAAUCUGGAAUUUCAGAAUGAUGGCGUCUGCGGCGGCAGCAGAGGCCGAGAAGGGAUCUCCAGUUGUGGUGGGCCUGCUUGUCGUGGGCAACAUCAUUAUUCUGCUGUCAGGCCUGGCCCUGUUUGCUGAGACAGUAUGGGUGACAGCUGACCAGUACCGCGUGUACCCACUGAUGGGCGUCUCGGGCAAGGAUGACGUCUUCGCUGGUGCCUGGAUUGCCAUCUUCUGUGGCUUCUCCUUCUUUGUGGUCGCCAGCUUUGGUGUCGGCGCUGCGCUCUGCCGCCGCCGGUCCAUGGUCCUCACGUACCUGGUGCUCAUGCUCAUCGUCUUCAUCUUCGAGUGCGCCUCGUGCAUCACGUCCUACACCCACCGUGACUACAUGGUGUCUAAUCCAGCCCUCAUCACCAAGCAGAUGCUGACCUUCUACAGCGCGGACACCGAACAGGGCCAGGAGCUGACCCGCCUCUGGGACCGCGUCAUGAUUGAGCAAGAAUGCUGUGGCACAUCUGGUCCCAUGGACUGGGUGAACUUCACGUCGGCCUUCCGGGCAGCCACCCCGGAGGUGGUGUUCCCCUGGCCCCCACUGUGCUGUCGCCGGACAGGAAACUUCAUCCCCCUCAAUGAGGAGGGCUGCCGCCUGGGCCACAUGGACUACCUGUUCACCAAGGGCUGCUUCGGACACAUCGGUCAUGCCAUCGACAGCUACACGUGGGGCAUCUCGUGGUUUGGGUUUGCCAUCCUGAUGUGGACGGUGAGAGGUGGGGAGCCCACAGGCUGGGUGGGCUGGGGGUGGGGGGCGGAGUGCCCUCAUCUCGCUGCCUCCUUGCCAGCUCCCGGUCAUGCUGAUAGCCAUGUAUUUCUACACCACGCUCUGAGGGACAAGAGGGGAAGGCCAUAUACGCACCCCGGCCUCCUCCACAUCCUCCUGCUUCCUCCACUGGGGCCUGGAUGGCUGCCUCACCUCUCCCCUGCGACUUCCCUAGCCCCUCCCUCCUUCCACAUCCAGGAUCUUUUUCUGGGUUCCUGAGCCCUACUGUGCCUCGGGUGUGCCCUGAAACCCAGGGCUUGUGUGCACGGAUCCUUGGCCCUUGACCUCAUUCCAAUCGGCUGGUUCCUGCCCAU